AUGUCUGCUUCGCUCGCCGCCGUCCGGAAGCUGUACGGCAUGUCGACGGCACAGUCCAGUCACGUCCUGGACGAUGGGGCCCUGAGCGCAUAUCUAGCAGAUCAGAAGGUCAUUCCAGGCCUCCAGCUUCCGGUGAAAACGACCAAGGUCGGGUACGGUCAGAGUAAUCCGACAUACUUUGUCGACGAUGCAUCGGGCACGCGGUAUAUCCUACGAAAGAAGCCGGCCGGGGCCAUCAUCAGCCCCGUGGCCCACCAGGUCGAUCGGGAGUUCCGAGUACUACAAGCCUUGGGAACCGUUAAGGACUUCCCCGUUCCCAAGGUUUGGGUCCUCUGUGUGGAUUCUUCGGUGAUCGGAACGCCAUUUUACAUCAUGGAGUGUGUCCAGGGGCGGAUACUCAAGGAUAUUGACCUGCCGGAGUUGCCACCUCCCGAGAGACGCAAACUCUGGUUCUCCCUGAUCGAGACUUUGGCGUGGCUCCAUUCGAUCGACCCAGACUCCAUUGGCCUCGCGGGCUUUGGAAAGAAGAAGGAUUUCUACUCCAGGCAAUGCAACACUUUUUCGCGCAUCGAAGCUCAACAGGCCACGGUGCGAGACAAAAGGACGGGCAAGGCCUUGGGACCCGCACACGAGAAAUUCGGCGAGAUCGUGGACUUUGUGAGGCGAAAUGUCCCACAGGAUCGCAAUUCCAUCAUCCAUGGCGACUUCAAGUUUGACAACGUGAUCCUGCAUCCGACCGAGCCACGGGUGAUCUGCAUCCUCGACUGGGAGCUCUCCACGCUCGGUCACCCGUUAAUGGACGUGGUUUUCACCUUGAGGCCCUUCUGGAACGAACACGCCAAGAUCACCGACGACCCAAAGAGCCGACCGCAAUCUCCAUACCGACCGGAGAAUCGAGCGGCAAGUGGAAUGCCGGACCCGGACGAGUUGCUGGACCGGUAUUCUGAGAUUGUCGGUUUCGACCCACGCGAGGACGGCGAUGGGCGGGACUGGAAGACGGCGCAGGUCUUUGACCUGCUGCGCGGAGCCACCAUCAGCCAUGGAAUCCAGGCACGGACGAUCUCGGGUCAAGCCAGCAGCGAGUUCAGCUACGUCUACUUUGCUCACACGAAGCAGAGCCUCGAUAGUGCGUGGAAGAUGGUGAAGAAGCUUCAGGGCGGAGAGCAGGCAGCUUCCAAGUUAUAG